AUGCAUCGGCGAUAAUAAAAAAGAUUAAGAAGAAAAAUGUAGAAACAAGUUGUAAGCUAUAGGUAUAUAUAAUGGGGGGUGGUUUAGACGUCAAAAAGUGGUAGCAGAGCAAUUAUUUCCACUGAGCAAUCAUUGUCCUCUCUCUUCUCCUCCUCCUCCUCCAGCUACCUCUCCUUAGCUUACCUAAGCUCACUUUCAUCUCUCUCAUUCCACAUAAAAUAUAUACUCAUCUCGCCGGAAUAUCCCGUCGGAGAAAUCAUCACCAUGCAAGUCUUCUCCUAGUCAAAACCCAAGGACAGUUAAGGACAUGGAUCCAUCCCCUCUCUUAUCAGUUCUUCCUCUUGAUUCUAUCCACACAGGUGGAUCUCUUGUUUAAUUCAUCUCAUCACUUUACAGAUUCUGUUGUGAAUUGUGAUCUAAGGAUAUAGGCUAGUAUUUUUUGUUUUUUUUUUUUGGUUUCGAUGGAGAUGAAUAAUUUUUCCUUGGGAGAUUCGCAUAUUGCUCAACAAAGCCGGAGGAAUAAGUUAAGGGUUCAGAAUUCGGAGAAUUUAGAAGAACAUUAUGCUAGUAGCUUAGAUCAAUUAUCGGUUCACCCGGAUCUCAUUCGGAAUAUCAAGUAUGGAGCUAUGUCUUAUGACCCGACUUGUAUUAAUUCAUUGGAUAUGGUGAAUUAUGUGUCUAGGAAUGAGUCUCUAGUGUCGGCUGAUAAUGUUGCUGUUGCUAAUUUGUCGCACCCGAUUUCAUCGAACCUCAACCUCUCAGCUGCCAAACAAGGUGACCCACAAAAUUGUAGCAAUUGGAAAAGCCUUGGUUCACAUCAAAGCGGUGAUUGGAAUUUCAAUAAUUAUAACCGUAGCAAUAAUAAUCCAACGAGCAUUAGUGAAAGCAGUUCAAGUCCAUUGUUCACCGGGGAAGGUCGCGGUUCGUUGAAGGUGAACAACAUUUCAUCGCCUUCGUUUUAUUGGAAGCAGCCUAGUAGCUAUGGUUAUAACCAUGAUGUUGUGUUACAGUCAUCGUUAGUAGCUAGUCCGGCUCCGUAUAAUUACCAAAAUACCCUUCAAGAAGUUGUUACUUCUGCUGGUGCUGGACCCCAAGGGCAAGAUAUGGUUCGAUAUGGUGGUAAGGACUCGAAUGAGCUUCUUCUUCUUCCGAGUUAUAAUGAAUAUCAAGUAAAUCAAGGGCGUUCGUGUGAUGGGGAUCUUUGGGUAAAUAGGCCAAUGGAGGUGUUUCGAAAUCAAAAUGGAGAAGAUCUUGCUAAUAAAAGUAUUAGAGCUCUGACAGGUGGUGAAGGUUCUAAUACUCAGGGAUUAUCUCUAUCACUUUCAUCGGUUUCACAGACUAAUAACAGACGUGAAGGUCAGUUUGGGGAGAGAAAUGGAUUAAGUGAUCGCCCCAUUGAUUCAAAACCUUUCAAGUCUGAUUAUAUAUGUUCAAGUUCUAGACCAUCGGUUGGAAAUAAAGUUUUUGGGAUUAAUAGGCAAAACCCUGGAAUUACCGCUAUCCCUCAUCGAGAUGCUGCUGGUCCUCUUGGUCCUUUCACCGGUUACGCGACUAUACUAAAGAAUUCAAGAUAUUUGAACCCAACAUUACAGUUAAUGGAUGAGCUGUGUCGUGUAAGUGGCUCAAAACAAAUUGAGACACAUGAGGUGUACUCCGGUAAGAAUUCUGAUGAAGUUGUGGUUUCUGCUGUUGAUUUUGCCUUUAAUGUUGCUCAUGACAGCAUGGUUGGGUCAAAAGGUGGCAACUCAGGUGCCUCGUCCUCAACGUUCUAUAGUUCAAAUCGAAUCGGUGGGGAAGCUGGAGUCCCAAGUAAUGCUAACGAAAGUUACCAUCCAGAAUAUCAUCAAAAGAAGACGAAGCUAUUGUGCAUGCAGGAGGAGCUUUGCAGAAGGUACAGACAAUAUCAUCAGCAAAUGCAGAUGGUAGUCACGUCUUUUGAAUCCGUGGCAGGUCUUAGUGCUGCUGCACCAUAUAUUUCUGUGGCAUUGAGAACUGUCACAAGGCACUUCCGAUGUCUAAAACAAGUGAUUUCUGAACAGCUCGGGCACAUUGGAAGAACACUGGGAGAGGACUUGUCAUCGCCAACUGGUGGUACAACUAGCAGUACGAAAUGUGAUGUCAGUACCUCAGGAUUAAAACUCAUUGAACAUCAGAAACAGAAAUCUUGUGGGAGCAGUAUGAUUUUCUUUGAACCCCAACAACCUGUUUGGAGGCCCCAAAGAGGCCUACCAGAGCGUGCUGUUGCUGUUCUAAGAGCAUGGCUGUUUGACCAUUUCCUUCACCCGUAUCCAACCGACACUGACAAACAUAUGCUGGCUACUCAAACGGGUUUGACUCGAAACCAGGUCUCAAACUGGUUCAUUAAUGCUCGAGUGCGUGUCUGGAAACCCAUGGUUGAGGAAAUACACGUACUUGAAACCAAAGGCUCCACAGAAUCAAGCUCACAAAUGGGCAAGCCUGAUGGAAAUACAGCAUCAGAAUCUACCAACCGAUAUGAUACCCAAACCAUGAACAAGCUUCAGGGAAUUGAUUCUUCUCGAAGCAGAGAGAUGACCAGUGCAGACGUAUGGAAUCAGGAGAAGAGAUCAAGACAUGAAUGUCAGAUUCCAGCUGGCAUGGAUGCUGGAUCCUUGAUGAGCUUGUUACCAUAUCAACGAAGCGAGCUUGAGAUUGGUAGUGGACUCGGAGCUGUGUCCCUCACAUUGGGUCUCAGACAAAGUGCUGAGAGUGGCCAGCAACAACAAGAUCAGUAUCAGCAGCAUUUUGGAGGACAUAUGAUCCAUGAUUUUGUUGGCUAAGUAUGUCAUUUGUUACUGAACUUAAGGUGGCAAGUGAAACCGGUAAAUAAGCUUUACAUAGCUGAAUCGUAAACACAAAGGCUCUAGCUUACAAUCUAGAAGGCCGUUUGAUAUAGACGAUCAGGUUUCUUGAUAAUGUAGGUUUCGUAUAUCAUAAGAUGGCUAUGUUAGAUUGGUCAUGCCAGAACAAGAAAUUUCGCAACUUGAGAUAUAGUUGAAUGGAGAAACUUUGCUGUUGCUGCUGUAAACUUGUUAUAAUCAAUUUCGGUUCAUGUGUA